AGCUAACUAAUGCUUGAAGCUGUCUGGUCACGCAUUGAUUUACCUGUCUAUUCUCUGCCUCUGCGCAAUGAAACCCAAGGCUUGACAAGCCUCCUCAUAACCUUCAAUCCGUCACUUAAAAUAGUUACAUCUCCACCUCCGCCUCCCUACCAGUCACUCGUAUCAGCCGCUGCGCCAUCAGGUCGCCACUCCAGGCAGCAACAACCAUGAGCAGACGCAAGCUACAAGACCUCACUACACUUUUACACCUCUGAACCCACAAGCAGCAACACACAGCCCUCUCUCUCAUCCAGACCGAAUAUACAACAACCUCCAUACAAACACAACCUCGACCUCCAACCGUCAUUUAACCCCAAAGUCCACCCAAACCUAACAAAAAUGGCCACACAACCGUCAAACAUAGUCUCAGCUCCGCCAGAUACAGAACCCCUCAAUCUCAAGAACCUCCCCACCGAACUCCACCUCCAAAUCGCAAGCUACCUCCCGUACCCAGACGCACUGGCCCUCAAACACACAAACCGACACUUCUACUCACUCGUCUACACAGGCGUCCACCUGAAGGUCGACUGGCUGGUCGAGCGCUUCGAACGGAAGCUAGAAUGCCCGAUGGAGAAGUGCUCGUUCCGCACAGACGAGGCCUUCUGCAAUGUGCGAGUGCGCCGGAUCAUGGAGCGCCGGCGCUGGCACCUCGAGUGUUUGCCUUCUCCGGGGGGUUGUUUCGUGAUCGUGGGGCGUACCUGUCAGAAGAAGAAGAAGAAGGAUCUUGUGUCGGGUUGGUUGAUGAAGGAGAGGGGGAGAGUGCUGGGGCGUGAAGUGCUCGUGACUGGGUUGAUCUUUCUGGUUUUGAACUUGAUGUGGUAUCUUUGUUCAAGGCUUCUUGCACUUCACCAAAGGAGGCUCGAUGCCCUGCUUUCGACGGUCUUGGCUGACUCGCUCUCCACGCUAUGAUCUUUAUAUCGCCAUAUCGUGCACGAAGGUCUCACUGCUUUGACGCUCAAGCGCUCGGACUCAUCUGCAGCUGGCUGCAAUCCUCACACCACGAAGGCAAUUAAUACCUAAUACCUAUCUCACCUCGUCGUGUGCUAGUCUACUCCUACUCUCGGGUUACUCCUCGCUGGACGACGGAACAUAAUCUUGAUUAUACUCAACGGGACACAGCACCAUGUACAUAGCGCCGACCAGUCCAUAUUCUACGACUAAUACAGGUAAAGAUGAUCUAAG